AUGAAGACCUCGUCUAUUCUUCUCUGCGCUUUCACCGCCCUCGCGGGCCUUACCGAAGCCCGGCUCGACAAGCGGCAGCCAUUCACCAGGGCUAGCAAGCCCAAAGUGAGGACAGGAUGCAUCACCUGCAGACGACGUCGCAAAAAGUGCGACGAGGGCAAACCAGCAUGCGCGACAUGUCUUAAAUACACCGGCUUUUGCGAGGGCUACCAGAGUGCAGGCGGCAGCAAGGUUCAAGCACGACCUCCUCAGCAGCGCGUCAUCCAUCCCAAGAUCGCGGGAAAGCCGAAGAAGGGCGACAUUCUCGUCGAGCCGAAUUACUCGUCGCUCGUCUUCACCAACCAGUUGGAGAAAGGUAGCUUCGACUACUGGAUGGCUUUUACGAAAACGACGACGCUGUUUCAUUCGGACCUCCUCACGAGCAUCAUUCCGCAGAUAUCGUGGAAAGAUCCGGCCAUCAAACACGCUGCCCUGGCCAUCGGCGCAGCCGCUCUCGGUAGCAAGACACGCCAGCAAAGACUCCUCGGCAAAGGAAAAUUUCAGUCGGAUGCGCUUCGGCAUUACGGCAAGUCGCUUAACCUCCUUUACUCAUCACCAAUGUCGUACGAGAGGUCACUUCUGGCGUGUCUCCUCUUCAUCGCCUUCGAGACCCUCCGAGGAAACAGGUCUGCGGGUCUGAGCCACAUGAACCACGGCUCCUUGAUACUCGACCAGUACCACCCUCAGGGCGAAACCCCGAGUCCGCUGUUGAAAGAAGUCAUGUCCAGCUUCCAGCACUUCGGGCUGCAGGCUUGGAGUCACAGCGGAUCGCACCCCGUCGAGACGGAUGCCAAGGUCCCUUGGUGUUGCAGAGGCCGCGCCGCACGAUACGCCGUCGACGAGAUGCCCGCCGCGUUCGAGAACCUCGACGUCGCGCGGCGCUGGUGGGACAUCACGCGGCACUUUGUCAAGUACCACGCGCCCCUCAAGACAAGCUUCGAAGUCGCCCAGAUGCCGACCCAGCCGAUCGACCCGGAGAAGCUUGCCAACUACGGAUCCCCGGAAUCCCAACAACGCGUCCGCGGGUUCCUCCGACAUCUCGAUGCCUGGAACGCCGGCUUCAUCCCCCUCGCGGCACGGGUGGAGCGCGCCAGGCACACGAAUACGCAGGACUUCAUCCGCGCCCUCGCGCUGCGUAUCGACUAUCUCUACGUCUGGAGCGGAGUGCGCAGCGGAGGCUGGGUGGAUGUGAAGGACGUCGGGCGCAUGGCUCCGGCCUUUCGGGACGUGGUCAAGCUCAGCAGGCAGUAUCUCGAGCUCCAGGGCCAGCCGUCGGACGGACAAGAGAGGUUCACGUUGGAAGACAGUCCGACGUGGGCUCUGGCGCUCUCAUUCGUCAUGUGCAAGGAACCCGACGUGAGAAACGACAUUCUCGCGCUCUUCAAGCAGUAUCCCAGGCGUGACGGGCUGUGGGAUACCCGGAUUUUCGUGCUGCUAUUGCAGUGGAUGAACAGGCUGGCUGCGAAAAACUUCUAUCCCGAAGAGGAGCGCCAUAUACUCGGGAGCAAGGUGAUCUUCCAUGACCAUUCCCACUUCGUACUUGAGAAGACACGAUGGGACCCCGUGAGCUCAAGUAUGAAGACUUACGCCAUCAAGUUCAGCGUACCUGUCGAACCCGAGGAAGAAUGA